AUAUUUUCGAUUGUUACCCACGCGGUGGCCACGUUCUCCAAUCAUUGCGAUCUCGUCAUUGUCACUAAGCUCUACUCGGUAUCGUUCAUGCAAUGGUUCACGACAACGAAGUUUUCGAAAGAGCCAAACAACACUUACCAGAUUUCUAUGUCGAUUUCGUCAAUGUAACACGAGUUUCUGCCAUGGCCAUGAGAUUGGCGCAAGGCAUUUGGUGUGAAUUCUACAGCUUCUCUUAACCCACUGACUCACUCUUUCGCCCCCUUGACAAUGCCUACUUGUCCUUAUUGCGACAACCGGUCGUUUAUAACGUCUGUUGCUCUAAUGGAUCAUAUGCGAUCCUCGUCUUUACCCCAUCCCUACUGCAAGCUGUGCGACCGACGAUUUGUCGACGAACUAUCCUUGAACUCUCACAAAGCCGCGAGGCACCCGCCAAUGUUCGAUUGUAUAGACUGUGGCCGGCCCUUCAAAUCGCAAGUCUCACUCGACGAACAUUUUCGUGGGUCUCCCAAUCACCCCAACUGUCCCGUUUGCGGACGGGGGUUCAGGACGCAAGCUUUGGCGAACACCCACCACAACGAGAGCCAUCCACAAGCAACUUGCGAUAUCUGCCGAAGGACAAUGUAUGAACAUGAAAUAUCAAAACACUUCAAAGACUCUCCGCGGCACCCAAAAUGUCAUUCGUGCGACGAAGGCUUCUUGAAUGAUGUAGAAUACACUUCGCAUUGUGCCAUCAUCCAUUCAGAUGCGCACUGCGGUGGAUGUGACCAGCAAUUCUUUGACAUUGAUGCCCUCCAUAACCAUUAUACCAAUUCUCCCCAACAUCCGAAAUGCAUGAGGUGCAAGAAAGGUUUUGCUAAUGAGAAAGAAUAUGUCGCUCACGUCGCGACUCACUCCCUCGUAUCCUCUGCACUGACCUCCCCCGUGCAGUCACCUCGUGGCAUAUUUUCACCAGCGCUAGUCAGGUUAGCGCCGAGAAUGACUACCUCUGCUUUGAGCUCGCCAGCUCUUCCUCAUUCCGACCAAACUCUCACAGCACUUCAUCGCUCGGCACCUUUGUCCGCAAAAUCGCCUUUAAGUCCUGUCUUCAAUAUGAACAACAGCGAUCUCCUUAAGCACACGUUGCCUCUAUGGAGUCCUGUUCCAGGGACCGUUUCACCAAUCUGCGAAGCGGAAGACGAGGACGAUAUGUUCUCAUCAUCAUCGGCGGCUCUGAUGGUUCAAAAGCUUGUUGACGACGGACCUGAAUCGCCGUUGCCCCACAUCCAAGUUGACCACGUCCCAGACCUCCCCCGCCUCCAGACAUUUGGUCUGUCCUGCUUGACCUCGUCACAUACGCCGAAGUAUGACCCCUUUGGUGAGAAUCCAGUAUCUGAAGAGUGGCUCCCCUCAUCAUUUGUUGGCAACAGUCACAGUUCACCGGAUGUCUCAUCUCCAGUUGGCCUUGCACAAAUCCCCGUCAUGUCUCCAGUGGCGUCAACGCCUUCCACAGUUUCUGGGAAGAAUGGUCGAUCCCCCUCGGCACUGCUUUUCUCGCCUUUCAAAAUGGUAUCUGACCACCAGGCUUUGGGCUCGAAGUCCAAUUCGUCCAAUGGUGGUCAUACCCCAGUGUCGCCCUCUUCAACUACUCCUGGUUCAGCCUCCGGCAGCAGUGGAGGUCCGGGUGGCUCGUACUCCCUGCCGGAUAGUUCGGUAUCGUCCGUCAGUGGUUCCUCGCGCUUACGUCUGCACUGCCGCCUUUGCGGGAUAAACCCUUGUCAAAAUAUCACUGCGACUAUGUGUGGUCAUAUUUUCUGCUAUGAUUGCAUUGUACAUGCUGUCAUUUCGACGUCCGCUUGCCCAGUUUGUAACAACCCGACGUUGCUCUACUGUUUAUUCAAGCUUGACUUGGCCGCUCUGUAAAUCAUGUUUGUACAUAUACGAAGAUCUCUUGUAGUGUUGUGUACAUCGACGCGAACGUUUCUUGGACAUUUACACGUUGCAAAAAAACAUUUUAUGUCUCUAUUUGAACAUGAUACCGAUACUCGUGUCUGUUUUGUCAGCCC